AUGUCAGGGAGGGAGGGAGGGAGGUUAACACUACUUUCAUGUAGGGCAAAUGACAAUUUCCCUGCUAAAACGGUAUCUUUACUUUGCAGACGACCGCACCCGGAUGCCGCAAAUAACGCAGGGGAUGAUGGGAUAGGAGCGGAUCUCGGAAACUGGGACUUCAUCGACCCGACACAGAAGGUUGACUGCAAGUGUUCCAGACAAAAGGUAAAGUCGCGGUCAUCAGGCCACGGGUCCAGCCGCCCUGCGCCCAGUUCCUCCUCAGGCCUGUCCAAACACACGUACAGUGCCUGGACCAGCCUGGGCGGGACCUCCUCCAAACACAAACAGAGUGACAAGUCAGAGAAACAGGAGAAACAGCAGCAGCCCCGGGUCCGUCCCCUCACACCAUUCCACCACCGCGUACCAACCCCCUCCGUCGACUCCUACAUGGGCGUGGACCAGGAGAACUUCACCAAUCAGAGACUAGGACUGGGGAUGGGACCACUAGCCGGAGGGGGUGGGCAGGGCGUGGAUAACAAGCGUUUCCUGCCGACGCCCGGCUCGGUGGAGUCGUCUCACUCUGCGGCGCCCUCCCCGCUCGUGGCGCCGUCCGGGACGGCGUCCAGCUCACUUCCGGGAGAAAGAACAAUGCCGACGUUAAGCCCGCAUCCGAUCGUAAAGAAGGAAAACGACAUGGGCCCCCCUACUGUCACCUCCCAGAGGGAAUGUAGCCUCCCGUUCGUGAACAACACGGCGGUGGUAACGGAGGUUCAGAGAAGACUGGAGAAGAAAGCAGCUAACGAGUACAAGGGUUUGCCUCCGGAGAGCGAAAAGGAGGACAGAAGAUGGAAAUGCUACAAACUUCCCAAAGUGAACACAGGAAAGGAGUUUCACAGACCGGCGCUCGUUCCGACGGUGUUUGACACCGCGGGAUUGGAAAAACGGGGGAGAGGGAGCUUCGGGGAAACCUUGCCAGACUUGACCGUGAGGCCGGCACUUGGUGUACGUGAGAGGCCUCUGAAGAAGAUGAAGACAAAUUUCUCGUUCCGGCCGAUCCACCCUGCCAUGGACACCAUCCACAGUGACUCCUCCUCCAGGAGUCUGAUGGCACGCACCUCUCCUGGCAUCGACCCGUAUGAGUUCAUGGAGGACUCCUCACCUCCCAGCCUUAUGCCAACAGGGUUUCCUCCGAGAGGGAAGUCCAAUAAGAAGGGUCGUCUGCAGUCUCUGUCGUCCCAGUCAGACAGGAACAGCACAGACUCUCAGUCUAACAAGCAGGGUCCCGAGGGACAGAACCAGCCUGGGACAGCCAAGGGCGAUCCAGCCAAAUCCGGCGACAAGGAACCCAAGUUGUCGUCGCCCCAGCCAGCGGUGAAGGUGGUGUCCUCCACCAGCCUGACCACAGAGGCAGACCUGGCCGUGACCUUCAGCGACCUUGACCAACUCUUUGAAUCAUCUGACUCAGACAACGAUGACGGGGGUCCGUCUACGUCAGGAGGUGCGAAAAGCGCCAGUGCUGCAUCAACAGAAGACUCAGCACAGACACAUCUGCACAAGAGUGGCGUCUUUGCUGGGGGAACUGGGAACAUUGGUAAGGCUUUGUCCUUUUACAAACAGACUUUACCUCUGAUCCUUGUUGAAGAAUAA